UCCAGAGUUGGGCCACGGUGUUGCUGAAGGAGCCGCCCGAACUUCGCUUGAACUGUUCGCAGCUGCUGCAUCUGUGCCCCACUCCCACUCCGGCCGCGGAGCGUUGUAAUUCGUGCAAGACCCUAUUGCGCCCUCUGAAAGUUGCGGUAGAGCUCAGGCAGCGGCUUGUGACCGUGAAUCGAUAUUUAUUACCGCCUCUCGGAGCAAUUGGAGCUUGUUGUGAGCUCAAGAGUCCUGCGAAACGUCACAGCCAGGGUCGCGCUAGCACGGGCCCCUGUGUCCGCUUUAACGGGUUCUUCGCCAGCAUCUUCACAAAAAAAAACUCUCGAGCAUAACCGACAUCCCGAACACCAUACCGAGCCAUCAUGCCGGCGAUACGGGGCUCGCAGUCCAAGAAGAAGACGCGCCGUCACACCCGCGAUCUCGACCAGAUCCAUGCCGACUUGACUGACGGCAAGCACCUCGAGCAGUACAAGCUGGCCCACGCCGUCGAGGACCUGCCCGGCCUCGGCCAGUGGUACUGCACCGAGUGCGCGAAAUGGUUUGAGGGCGAGACCAACUUUCUGGGGCACAAGAAGGGGAGCACUCACAAGCGGAGAGUCAAAGCACUUCGCGAAGAACCACACACACAGAAGGCGGCGGAGGCAGCAGUGGGAAUCGGAACAGACAACGGGAAGCGCACAAAUACAACACUUAUGGAGAUUGACGGUGGUGCGGCGGCAACAGUGUAGAGGAGUGGGAGUCUCUUGGGAUCUUAAAACUACCACGAAUCGAUGUACGACUUGAUGGAACCACAAAACUGCAUGGCAUGGCGUUAUGGGUGGGCAUUGCUUGGGCGGGGUGAGGCUGCAUGGGGUACCUCAAGGUUCUAUAGGGUCAUAUAAAAUGUUUAGACAUUGGAGGAAAUUGCAGUGUUGCCUAGGUGCCUGGUCCAAGACCUUGAUGCCUUCACCAAAAAGCGAGGAAAGGUUGGAGGAGAAGAGCAUCUGAAACGGAGAAGAUCCCACAUGAUACCCUCAGCAAAUAGAGUACUAAAGUCACCUUCAUAAAAUUGCUUUGAAAUUUGGCGCUGCCAACCAGGUAGAAACAUCUCGC